AUGCAUGCUACUACAGGCGCUGGAGCCGGAGGUGUUUCAACCGCCGCACGACUUGCAAAGGCGGGCUUCAAGGUCACUGUCUUGGAAAAGAACGACUUCACCGGAGGUCGUUGCUCUCUCUUACAUCAUGAGGGUUGGCGAUUUGACCAAGGUCCCUCUCUUCUCCUCCUGCCUCGUCUCUUUCACAAGACAUUUGCCGACCUCGACACAACUCUGGAAGCCGAAGGAGUACACAUCGUCAAGUGCGAGCCCAACUAUAACAUGUGGUUCGGCGACGGAGAGAAGUUCCAGCUCUCGACCGAUCUGGCCUUGAUGAAGGAGCAGGUAGAGAAGUGGGAAGGUAAGGACGGAUACUCAAGAUACCUCUCGUUCCUGAAAGAAGCCCACAGCCACUACGAACUCAGUGUCGAGCAUGUCUUGUCGCGCAACUUCACCAGCAUUACCUCUAUGCUGCGCCCUAGCUUCCUUGGUCGCGUUUUCGAAUUGCACCCUUUCGAGAGCAUCUACAGUCGUGCUUCUAAAUACUUCUGGACCGAGAGGCUGCGUCGCGUCUUUACUUUUGCGAGCAUGUACAUGGGCAUGAGUCCGUUCGACGCUCCAGGAACGUACAGUCUUUUGCAAUACACAGAGUUGACUGAGGGCAUCUGGUAUCCAGUUGGAGGCUUCCACAAGGUCAUCGAUGCGCUCGUCAAGAUUGGCGAGCGUUUUGGUGUAACCUACAGACUUUCGACUCCAAUCUCCAAGAUCACUCUUUCUCCCGACGGUCGACGGGCCACAGGUGUUGUCCUUGCCAAUGGCGAGACUCUAUCCGCCGAUGUGGUCGUGAACAACACUGACUUGGUCUAUGCAUACAACAACUUCUUACCACCUACUCCAUACGCAGAAUCAUUAGCCAAUCGCGAAACUUCCUGCAGUAGUAUAUCCUUCUACUGGGCAUUGGAUCGCAAGAUACCGGAGCUGAACGCUCACAACAUCUUCCUGGCGGACGAGUACAAGGAGAGCUUCGAUUCCAUCUUCAAGAAGAAUCUGAUCCCAAACGAACCAAGUUUCUACGUGAACAUCCCCAGUCGGCCGGAUCCCACAGCUGCUCCCGAAGGCAAAGAAUCAGUCGUCGUACUGGUACCAGUCGGUCACCUCCUUGGUGAGAAUGAGAACCCCACGAAUGUCUCUACUGCAACCACUGGUGAGAUCCAGCAGGGCAAUUCUGGCGAAAAGUUGACAAGCUCCAAAUCGGCGCAAGGCGUCAAGCCAUCAGAAACACAGGAUUGGCCCAAGAUGAUUGAGCUUGCGCGCAAGACUAUUCUCGCAACUAUUGCUAAACGCACUGGUGUCGAUAUUACACCGUUCAUUGUGCAUGAGAUUGCCAACGAUCCCAUGACAUGGCGUGAGUCAUUCAACCUCGACCGCGGUGCCAUCCUUGGUCUAUCACACUCGUUCUUCAAUGUACUGUCCUUCCGACCUUCGACACGCGCAAGACGAGGUGGCUGGCUAGACGGGCGCCUUGGCAGUAUUGAGCGUCUUUACAUGGUUGGUGCCAGCGCUCACCCAGGCACAGGUGUACCCAUUGUGCUGGCGGGAGGUCGGUUGGUUGCGGAACAAAUUUGCCAGGACUUUGGCAUGAAUAUCCCCUGGCCAACCGGGUCCCAAGAGAAGCAGCGAACUGGUGCUCUUGACCAGGUCCAAAACUCUUUUGCGAUCGAGUGGGUUGUAUAUAUGCUCCUUGCAUUCCUCGUGCUUGCGCUUGGUAUGUUCCUCGGCAAGCAAACUUAA